AGCCCGUGCCGCAUGUUUUCCUUUGAGCCGCUCAGUCCGCCAGGUGACUGGCGGAGGGAGUGGAAUGUGUGGCUUUACUCUCCUAGAGAAAAACAGAGCGGAGGACUCUUACCUGACCUGAAGAGAUUGCUGUUUGGGAGAACGGACGUCCCUUCCAGCCGGAUAGAGGUCACCAUGCUAUCGACGAGUUUGCACUGACAGAGUAGAAGGAGGAGGAAGAAGAAGAAGAAAAAGAAGAGGAAGAAUCACCAGACAGCAUCUCUCUUUCUCUCUGUCUGACAAACGCACACGGUCCCGACGGUAUUGAGCCGGGAGGAUGAAGAAGUUUUUCGACGCCCGGAGGGAAGGUGCGGCCGCGGUCGGAGGAGCGGCCGGACAGUCCACCAGUGCCGGAGGGUGGUCUUCGUUCCAGGGUAAAGUGUAUGCGGUGGGCCGCUACCAAGUGACGGUGGAGGAGCUGAUCGCGGAAGGUGGAUUUGCAAUAGUGUUUUUAGUCAAGACUCACAGUGGUGUAAGAUGCGCUCUGAAACGAAUGUAUGUAAACAGUGAACAUGCCCUCCAAGUUUGUAAGCAAGAAAUUGCCAUUAUGAAAGAUCUGUCUGGGCAUAAAAAUAUUGUUAACUACUUGGACUCCAGUGUUACCUCAGUAAAUGCCAGUGAUGUAUGGGAGGUCCUGAUUCUAAUGGAAUACUGCAGAGGUGGUCAAGUGGUCAACUUAAUGAAUCAACGAUUGCAUUCUGGCUUUGGUGAAACUGAGGUGCUGCAAAUAUUUUGUGAUAUUUGUGAAGCAGUGGCCAGGCUACAUCAGUGCAAGCCACCAAUUAUUCAUAGAGAUCUCAAGGUGGAAAAUCUUCUACUUCAUGAUAGUGGUAGUUAUGUCCUCUGUGAUUUUGGAAGUGCAACAAACAGAGUCAUACAUCCUCAAAUUGAAGGUGUCAGUACAGUUGAAGAAGAAAUAAAAAAGUAUACAACACUGUCAUACAGAGCACCAGAAAUGGUUAACCUAUACAGUGGAAAAUCCAUCACUACUAAAGCUGACAUAUGGGCCCUUGGAUGCUUACUUUACAAACUUUGCUUUUUUACCUUGCCGUUUGGAGAAAGCCAAGUUGCUAUCUGUGAUGCAAAUUUUACAAUUCCAGAUAAUUCUAAGUAUUCCAGUGAAAUGCAUUGUUUAAUUCGAUAUAUGCUUGAGGCAGAUCCAGACAAGAGACCUGAUAUUUAUCAGGUUUCUUUCUUCACAUUUAGGAUGUCAAGGAGGAUUUGCCCAGUUAAGAAUGUUAGUAACGUAUCGAUUCCAGUGAAAAUGCCAAUACCAGUAAAAUCUAGUGAAGUUGCUGCUAAAAAGUCUCAACCAAGGGCAAGGCUUACAGACCCAGUACCGACUACAGAGACCUCAAUAACACCUCGCCAAAGGCCAAAAGCUGGCCAGUCAACUCCAUCUACAAGCAUUCUGACGAUUCAGCCUGCUAUGACUCCAAGGAAGAGAUCUACUACACAGCUGGCCCCUCAACCCCCAGCUGUGCAGCUGGCCCCUCAACCCCCAGCUGUGCAGCUGGCCCCUCAACCCCCAGCUGUGCAGCUGGCCCCUCAACCCCCAGCUGUGCAGCUGGCCCCUCAACCCCCAGCUGUGCAGCUGGCCCCUCAACCCCCAGCUGUGCAGCUGGCCCCUCAACCCCCAGCUGUGCAGCUGGCCCCUCAACCCCCAGCUGUGCAGCUGGCCCCUCAACCAUCAGGAGUUCCAGCUGCACAUAGUGGACACAUUGCUCAAUUACUUGGCCAUCAAGCACAUGUUCAGCCAGUACAACCUCAACUGCACCUGCAACUGAAGCCACAGCCACAGCUUUUACUUCAACAGCAGUAUUUGUUGCACCAACAUCAAGCAUAUUUCCGGCAACAGCAAAUACUUCAGACUGCGCAGCGCUACCAAGUGAUGCAGCAGGCCCAGCAGCAGAUGAUGCAGAAUUGCUAUCUUCAGCAGCAGUAUGCAACAGCCUUGCAGCAGCAGGCAACUUGGCGGCACGUGAUGGCGCAAGCGUCUGUUCAGCAGGUUGCUGUACAGCAACAGCAACAAGCUCUGUUACAGGCACAUAUGCAGCAAAAACUUCAAACUCAACAAGUUCAGCCCCAGUCCCAACAGACAGACAAGCUAUUAUCAUUAACGCCGCCAUCUUCACCAAAGGUGCAGCGAGCAGGCCACCGGAGAAUCGUCAGUGAUGUCCCAUUCAGCAGUAUAUUUGGAGUCCCUGCCAGUCGAUCCUCUCAACAACUGGCAGCAGCUGCGGCAGAAGCAAAUCUUUAUAAAUCAAAGUCAGCCUCUACAAGUCCUGCAGGAUCACCCAAAGCCUCGGAGCAGAACAUUUAUAAUCCACCAGAUCUGUCUGUUUGGAAUCCUUUUGGAGAUGACAAUUUUUCCAAUUUAACAGUAGAAGACCUUUUAAAUAAAGAGUUUGCUGAGCUUCGAGAUGAUAAAACUGCGGAACUGGAGAAAAUGCCUACUGCAAAUUUGGUUCCAACAUUUCCCCCCAGCAUGACUCCACCCCAAACAGAUUUAUUUGGGGCUUCACCUUUUGUAUCUGGAACAGUUGACCUCUUGAUUUGUUUUGGAAACGGUAACUGUGCUGGGGAUGACACAGUUUCACAUUCCAGCGUCCUUGCUCCUGCUUCAGCUGACAGCACUGACCCUUUUACCCCUACUGUAUCUUCUAAACAGACUGCACCUCAUCUGUCAACAACUCAUGAUUCCAAAUCUGAGAUGUGGUCAUUCAAAGAACUGCAGUGGGAGUUCAGAGAACAGUCUUCCUGGUCUAGCUAGGUCUUUUCUGCUUGUGGAUCAGCUUAUAGACAUUUAAUGACCCUGCCAUUAACCUAUCUGCAUAUUACUUACCUGCACCCUUGAGUAGAAACCCCAUUCCAAAGAAAGCAUGGUAAAAUCAAAAUACCUCAGUUGAAUGCCACGCCUACCAAGACAUGAUUGUAACAAGAUGCAAUGGAGAUUCUACUAAAAACUAAAUGACUAUUCAUCAAGGCCUUCCUUCACCUUGUACCUGCCUGUGUGCCGUUCAUGUGCAUAUACCAGAAAACUGCUUGGAUAUCCCAUCACCUUUUAAAACCUUCCGAAUUCCUCUUCCUACCUUCCUGUCUUGUGUUGUAAUGUUUUUUUUAGCAGGAACUUUGGCUCAAUAUACCUCAGCAUUUUUAUGCAUUGUAUGGUAAAAGUGUGCAUAGCUACAAUAUUCUUUAGUUGCACAAAGUGAUUAGUUAAUUUGAAACUGCAGUACUGAAUACCAUUUGUGUUUGAAUUUAAUUUUAUAGCUUGGAGCGUUAUAAACUAACAGUGCCUGGAUUCUACUACUUGAAGUUGUAGUGGCAUUGAGGACUGGUAUUAACUCGCAUGAUACUUAACCAUGUACUGAUGUGAAAACAUGCAGCUCAUUUUGCACUGCUUUAAUUACUUUGCCUUUGUUUGCAAUGCAUUAGUAUGUUCUUCAGUUAAUUGGUCACUUUUGCUCUCAAGUAUUUUGUAAAUUUAACUUUUUCCCCCUGCAAACAUUGUUCUAACCUCAUUACCUGAAUGUCAAUAACAGAUUUUCAAUUAUUUGUUAUUAACUUGUUAUUUUGAAUUUCAACUUGAAUAAGCUGUUUUAACUUGAUGUACAGCCAUACAAAUGAAAUGUGAUCUAGUCACAUGGGGCUAAGUAGCAUUGAGUGCAAUACGUCAAUGCUGCACACAAGUUAUCUUCCAUAACAUGAUUUUAAAAGUUGCUUUUUAUUUGCAGUAGGUUCUUUAUUUUUGACUAGAGAGUAAAACAACCUUUGUCGAUGGUCUAAAAAUGUACGUGUUACUCACACAUUUGUCUAACUCUAUCUUUCCUACAUUUUGUUCUAAACCACAUGAGGAUUUUGAGGUUUCACAUAGAUUGAAUUAGUCCCCAAAAUCUAUUGCACAACUCUUGGGCAUAAAAGAGAAAGAAAUCAUUUCUAUUUAAUUCAGUUUAGAAUUUGGCUCUCAAUUUAGUCAGUUAUAUUACAAACAAUUAUAUUUUCAACAACCGUUUUUGUAAGAUUAUUAAUCAAAGUAGCUAUAAUGAAUACUGAAAUAGAAGCUUAAUUAUUGAAUGAUGGCUGGUGUGUAUCUUAAAUAGGUGAUGAGCUUUUACAAAAGGUGACUCAGGUAACUUUGCUAGAUAAAGGUAGAUUAGAUAAAUGAAACAGCAGUAAAGUUACAACUUCCAGGUUAGCUGUAAAUAUUUCAAAUAGGGUGAAGAUAAUGAUGGAGAAGUCAUCUCCCUGAUGUCUUAUGUCUAAUAUGAGGACUGUUACUAGAUGUCACAAUGUGCAAUGUUGACUAUUUAAUAAAUCACUUGGUUUAACAGGGUUUUUAAGAAUUAUAAAGCUUUGCACUAUAUUUUUCAUUGUGAUUAAAUCUCAGGAUAGAUCCUGCUUCCCUGUUUAUCAAGUAGCUAUUUCUGGUGGGUGUGAGCCUGAAGUAUGGUGCAGUGUUUCUGCACUUGUUAUUUUGAAUAUGUUACCACUAGGCUAGCGUUGAACGACUGCAACAAAUGGAUGACUAAAAUGUGAUUAUUUAAAACACAUACAUGCUGCAAAUAAAUUUGAAAACAUUUUCACAUUUACAUGAAAUAAUGCUUUGCUGGUUUAUUAAGUUUGUAUGUCUGCACCAUACUAUUAGUUUGCUGUGGAAGUGUUCAUUAGAAUGUCGUGCUUUGCAAGAACAACGGGGAGUCUAAGUUACGACUUUAUGCUGAGAAUAUUGAAUUACAACAUUGCAAAUGCAGUCAAAUUUCAGGGAGAAUAUCUUAGCUUUUUAUAUUUUAAAAAAUGUCUCUGGAUAUAGUCAUCAGUGAUACCAGCAUUCAUUGUCAAUCCCUGCUUGCACUUCAGAGGUGAUCCUGAGCUGCCACUUUGAACUACAGCAUCUUCGGUGAUGAGGGUAAGUGAUAUUAAGGAGGGAGUUCCAGGAUUUUAAUUCAAUGGUACUGAACGAAUGGUGAUGUAUUUCCAAAUAAGAAUGGUUUGUGACUUAAGGAAGCAAAUUAGAGGUGAUGUUCUCUCUUUUUUUCUUGCUAUUUUUGUCCAUUUGAGUGGCAAGGUUGUUUGUUUAAGAAAUACUUUUGGAGAAACAAUUUUGUCAUAUUUUGUAACUUUCUGUGGCAUUUGUAAGUUCAACAUAGUAUUUCAUGAUUUAUAAAAUUCAUAUUAGAAUCA